GUUGUUUCGGUUGUGGGGGAGAGGUGUGUCUGGUACGACUUGGGGGAAAUGGCUCAUCAGAGUUUGGAACCUCCAAAGUACAUAAGUGCCUCUCGUGUAAAAGAGGUUCUUAAGUAUGAAGACCUCAUUCCGGUCAUUGAACAGGCCUUAGUCAAUUUUUCCGCCCGUAGAAGCGGCGGAGUUAUUCAGCCUGUGCGCACAGCCGUUGAGGUCGAAAACCGCGGAUUUUUUCUUGUGAUGCCAGCCUAUUCAGCUAAAGACAAUGCUCUUGCUGUAAAAUUGGUCACAGGUUUUCCAGAAAAUGAGAAACAGGGCCUACCUUCAUUCUUAAGCAAUGUUAUGGUAUUAGAUCCCAAGAAUGGUUUGUUACAAGCGAUUAUGGAUGGCAUUCCAAUCACAGACAUGCGGACUGCAGCAGCAUCUGCUGUUGCAACUAAGUUCCUUGCUUCUGAGAGUGCUGAAGUUUUGUGUAUUUUGGGGUCAGGUGCUCAGGCUAGAAGUCAUGUUGAGGCCCUCAAGUUUGUGAAACCCUUCACUGAGGUCAGAAUAUGGAGUAGAACCUUUGUUAAUGCUCAAAAGCUUGCAGAUGAGAUUGGUGCCAAAGCAUGUGCUACAGUCGAAGAAGCAGUCACAGGGGCUGAUGUCAUAGUCACUGCUACCUUGGCAACAGAACCUGUUCUGUUUGGAAAGUGGGUCAAGCCUGGAGCACUGAUAAACUCUGUCGGUGCACCCCGCCCAACAUGGCGAGAAAUAGAUGAUGAAACUAUGCACAAUAGCUUUAUAGUGGCGGACAGCAUUGAGGCAGCUUCUAAGGAAGCUGGGGAUGUGAUCCUCUCCAAGGCAACAGUGGCUGGGGAGAUUGGUGAUGUUAUUUCAGGAAAAUUGGCUGUUCCUGAAGGAAAAACACGGAUCUUUAAGUCUUUAGGUAUGGCACUGGAAGAUGUUGUAUCUGCUAAGUUGGUGUUGAGUAAACUUGGUGGAUUAGGUGGUACACCUCUUGAUGUGCUUUAGCCAAUGAUAAUUUUAUCAUUGUUUUCUGGGAAAGAUGCCUGGGAGAGAAAAGACUGAUAUAUUUUAAAUGUGCCAAAGGCUAAGUGAAUAUCGUUGAAUACCCCCAAUACUAAGUAUUAUUGAAUAAAUGUAUAUCUCUCAUACACCACUUUUUAAGAUGAAAUAAAAGGUGGGCUCUUCAAGGGCUUAUAUUUAA